AUGGAGAAGGAUGCCCGAUUGAAAGAAGAUGAGUCGAUAGACGCUCAACUUCGAGGUCUAAGGAAGGCGUUGAAAAACCUGCAAGUCACUAGGGGAACAGAGAGCCUAGAUUACGAUGACUUAUGCAUCCACCCAGAUAUUGACAUGCCAGUAGGAUACAAGCCCCCAAAGUUUGACAUAUUUGAUGGAAAGAGUGAUCCUCACGCACAUCUGAGGGCAUACUGUGACAAGUUAGUCGGUGUAAGGAGAAAUGAGAAACUAAGAAUGAAGUUGUUCAUUCAAAGUCUAUCUGGAGAAAUGUUGACUUGGUAUACAUGCCAGGAUCCUCGCAAAUGGUAUAACUGGCAGGAAAUGGCUGAGGAUUUCAUGAAUCGCUUCAAAUUUAAUACUGAAAUCAUUGCGGACAGGUUCUUAUUAGCCAACAUACAAAAGAAACCAUCGGAGGACUUCCAGGAGUAUGCACGACGUUGGAGAACCGAGGCUGCAAGGGUUCAACCACCGCUCGAUGAGAGUGAGCUCUCAAAAUACUUUAUUCGAGCCCAAGAAGGUAUCUACUUUGACAAGAUGAUGUCAAUGAUGGGCCAAAAGUUUGCAGAAUUGGUCAAGAUGGGAGAUUUUAUAGAGGAAGGCAUCAAGUCAGGUAAAAUUCAGUCCAUGGCUGCAUUGCAAGCUGCAAGUAAGGCCAUACAAUCAGGCUCCAUUGGUGGCAUCAAGAAGAAAAAGGAGGAUGUUUCAGUCGUCAAUUACCAACAUGGAGGACAGUCCCACCAAUACCCCAAAAAUCCCCAAAUUGUUGUACAUACUCUAUACACCUCGUACCCAGUAUAUAAUACCCGACCACACUAUAAUCCACCCCGAGCACCAACAUACCAAAGUCCAACUAGACCACAUGUCUCACUCCAAGCACCAACCCACCAAAAUAGACCAGCAUAUAUGCCAAGACCACGUCCAAAUCUCGAAGCCAGAAAUACUCGCACCUACACACCCAUUGCCGAACCUUAUGCUCAAUUGUUUGAAAGGUUGAGCAUAGCAGGAGUGCUACAGCCAGUUGAGGGAAAACUCCCCGACCCAAUCCCUUACAAUUUUGAUGGAAACAAGCAAUGCGCUUACCACUCGGGAAUCCAAGGGCAUGACACAGAAGAUUGUUAUGGCUUGAAAAACCAGGUUGAGACGUUGAUUAGAAGAGGAAUAAUAAAAUGCACUCCAACACCUCCGAAUGUGAACAAUAACCCUUUGCCAAAUCAUGAGAAUCGAGAAGUCAACAUGAUUUCUCUAGAAGAAGAGUACAACUUGGGAGAAACCAUCGCGCCUGUCUGGAACGCCGAAGAAGCUGCCACUGCAUCUCCAGUGCAACCUAUUAUCACUGUUCAGCUAAGGGAACCUCUUACUGUCUAA